AUGUGGGAAUUUGUGCUGCAUUAUUGUCAUCAUUGAUUGGAAUUCCUGCUUCUUAUGUUGAACAUAAGAAUCUCGGAGUAUCCCGGAGCCAAUUGCAGAUUCAGUCCAAGCUUCCAUGCAGAUAUAACAACUUGUGUUUUUUCCUUAACGGAAAUUUUCACCGUCACGGGUCAUGGCAGUGGCUCUAGAAAGAUGUUUAACGAUCAAGACUUGGGUUUCUUCACCAACUUCCUGGGCAUCUUCAUAUUUGUUCUGGUCACGGCGUACCACUUUGUGAUGGCUGAUCCGAAAUACGAAGGGAACUAGCACUUGAAGCAAAAGCACGCCAUGGCCCAUGCACCCAAAUAGCGGAAUUUGUUAGAACUCCACCAUGAAAUCUUGGUGCAUGAGAAUGUUUGCUAUUUUGCACUGUGAUGAAUACGGUACUUAUGGCGCUUCGACUCGUAUGAUGUGUAUAAUGAGCUGAAAGUAACAUAGUUUCAUGUAUAGUCCAGAAUUAUUGUGGAAAAGGUAAUUUUCUUGAUUACCCAAAGUAUUG